GAGUUUAGCUCGCUGACAAUUCAUGUAACCACAUAAACGCAAACGUCACAAAUUUGACAAUAAAAAUUUCCAGUAUGUCAAGAAAUGGCCGAGAGUGAAAUAAACUGCAAACUUUUCGGAAUUCCUACACUUAUCAAGGAGCUGAACAAGGCGGCCGAAAUUCUACGCGCAUCCCCGAAAUGUACAAGUACCCAAAAGUGCAUUAGCACGCUCAAAUUUGCACGUUAUCACAUACUGAAUUGUAUAAACAACAUCAAGGCGAAUGAAAGGAGUACGGGGACGAUAACUUCUACUGACGAUCUCAGGCGAGAUAUUUUCCUGGCCGAAAUGGAAGCGGAGUACGAGCACAUCAAGAUCGGGCACAUUCGUAACGAGUGGUUGCAGCACCAGCACACUCUGGCGGAGUUGCAAGAGUGUUACUUUCGGAAGCGUCGCCUUCUGUCGAUACACGGCACGUACUGCUCCGCGCAGGGGGCCACCUUCUGCUCGCUCAUCGCCGUAGUGCUCCACCAAGCGGACGCCAUGCAAUCAUUUAUCAACGACAACGACAAACUGAUCGGUUUCGCGAGAAUCGCCGAGGAGUUCCUGAAUUCGUUUUCGAUCACCUACUCGAUCGAGCCGCCGCUCGAGGAUUCGCCCGAUUACAAGUUCGCGAUGGGCGUCUACACGUGCCUGGCGAUGGUCGCGGGCGACGUCGCCGGACGCAUCUUCCUAAUCGCGGAGAAGCGGUGCCGCGACUGCGUCUGGGGCACGGUCCACCACCUCGCUCGCGUCCGUCACGAAUCGAUGCGAAGGCUCAAGAUGCUCGUUUGGACCUUUUUCCACAAUUUGACGGCGGAUCCCGACGGAAUUCUCCUCCUACAGGGCUGCCCGACGAUGCUGGCGCGAAUUAACGACUGCUUGGAGGGCGAUUACGACGGCGAGCUGUGCAAGCGGGCGCUCGAGAUUUUGGAGAGGCUGAGCGGCGCGAUUCCGAACGUUCGUUAUUUGAGGGAUAUCGAGAGUAACAUUGACAUGCGUCAGCUGAAGAAGCUAUCCGAUCCGUUCUACAAGGGGGUGCACUUGUUGCCGAGGCGGAUAUUCAGGAAUAUCGGCCGUGCGGCUAGUGAUUUUCUACACAAUAACGCGUAUGGAGAUGUCAAAAAUGCUUUAUCGAACCCGCUGCAAUGCCGAUGCAACCUCAGCGCGGAGAUUCAAAGCGAACCUUCGAAGCGUUCACCUCCUCAUCGUCCGAUAGUCCUGCAAAGCGACGGGGAUACAUCCUCUAGUACCGUCAGCAAAGUAACAAUUGACAAAGAAACGCAAGUGAGAUCGCUUCCAAAGUCAUACAAACACAAGAAGUGCUCUAAGAGGCACGAUAAACGCAACAGGCCCAAGCAGACGAAAGCCAAGGUCUGUCCAUCCCCCUCAAACGAGGAAAAGCAAAUAAGGUCCAUCAACUUGAACGACUCGAAGGGGAGUUUCGCCCCGGACGGCGCGGGUUGCACCUGCCCGGUUAAGAGCGAAAGGCAGAUCGUACCGUGGACCCCCGAGAGGAAGAUGAUCUCAUAUCUGGCCGAGAGUGACCGUCGCAUUCCGGCGGCACGAAUCAUCAACCGGGUGACUAACACUCAGACGGGGAAUAAAAGACAGAGGGUUAUCAGUCGAAUUAAAAUUUCUGGUUUAUCUUUUAAGUGAGGUACAAUUAGUAAAAUUAUUAGCCUUUC